AUGGAAAUUAUUUGCAUUUUUCCCAAGUGUGUACCCCGAAUUCCCGACUUUGUGGUGUUUCCGUUCACCCGCACGCGCCAGUUCGAAAACUGGUGGACUAGCUCCGGCUGGUCGGACGUGAUCCCUUUGGACAGCUUGCCCGAGAAAAUUUUGAUCUGCGAGGAACACUUUGAACCGGAACUCAUCAAUAGACGCCAUAGGGUACCGAAGCUUGCGCUGGGAGCUCUGCCUACGCGCAACGUAGAAUGUGUGUUCAAAAGACAUGGCCCGUUGAAACCAACGGCACCGGAUCUAGUGUACUGCCGGCUGUGCGGACAGAAGCAAACCUGCAAGCUUGACGAUGAUCGCGAUCUGCUGUCUGAUCUGGACGAAAUAUUCCACUAUCAGCUACAUCUGUCCGACUUUACCACCCUGCCGACUGGUGUCUGUGGCCAUUGUAAAAAUCUGGGUAAAACGAUGCAAACGUUUUGGAAGAAAUGUUCCGAUGCACAGGAAAGCCUCAAAACGAUAUUUAACAACGAAAAAACGAGACUUGCGUACGAGCCCCCGAAGGAUGCAAGUAUUGCGCCACGAGAUAAAGAGCAAGAGUCUAGCAGCGUAAACGCGACCCAGAAAGAAAGCAUAUUCGUUCAUAGAGAACAUUUUCCAGCCGAAUGUGAAGAGAUUGUGAUCGACACAACGAAGUCGGAGAUCAUCGAGGAGCAACAUUUCGCCAACGAGUACGAGUUUGAAUCGUACGGUGAAGAACCGCCUGCCAGCAGCACAGCGGACGAAUGUGACGAGGAGAUAGAGCUGCGCGAAUCUGAAAAGCAACUUCUGUCGGAAAAUUACGCGAUUGACUAUGGGGAUGAUUUUUCCUCGCAAGAGCUGCCGGCAAACUUUUCAUCCUCGGACAAGGAGGAGCACAACGAUGCUGGCAAACGCGUGGAGGAACCAACGCACAUUUGCGAAAUCUGUGGAAAUUCAUACAAGACGCUUAAUCGGUUGAAAGCGCACCUUAAUCUGCACAGCGACGCGCGUAACCAUCAGUGCACCGUCUGUGGCCACAAGUUUAAGACGCGCCGAGGCCUGACGGAGCAUGUGGAGUCGAAGCACGAACGCAAAUCGUUUCCCUGCAAAAUAUGUGGCGUACAGUAUAGCUGGAAGAAGGGACUGGAAAGGCACAUGAGCACCACCCACAAGGGGAAGCCGAUGAAACAUGUUUGCAAAAUUUGUGACAAAGCGUUCCCCGUGCCGCACAAGCUGAAGCAACACAUGAUGUUGCACACAGGCGAUCGGAUCCAUUGUGAAUAUUGCGGCAAAGGCUACAGAUUCAACUAUAUGCUGACGCAGCACAAAAUACGUGUGCAUGAAAUUGAGAUCGAGGGCGUUAAGCUUUACAAAUCGAAAAAGCUGGGAGAUCGUAAGAAAGCGCCCAUCAUAGAUGGUGAUUCCUUAAACCACACACAAGAAAGCACUUCUUGUUGA